UUCUCCACCUUCUCAUCCGAUCCCAUCCACCUUGUAUAACUCGAUCAAGUCAUCACGCUCUCUCGCCAAACGCAAGAAAAUAAAAACUAAAAACAAAAUCAAACAUGUUUCCAGAGAAGUGGAAAGGUGCAAGGCACACGCUUCUAGAGCGACCAUGGUUCACCAUAGUUGCUCUAGCUAGUCUUUUAGGUGGCGCACUGCUCAUCACAAGUAUCAUCCGAGCUGCGGACAACACUCUAUCUUUAUGUUCCACCGCAAAAACCACAGCGCAAUCCAUAGCCGAAUACUCAACCACACCAAUCCAGCUUCAGUCCAUCGUCCACUACGCGACCUCACAGACCGUUCCUCAACAAUCCUUCGACGAGAUCUCAAUCACUUUAAACGUCCUUAAAGACAGUAUACCUUGCAAUUUUCUUGUCUUCGGCCUCGGCCACGACUCCCUCAUGUGGGCCUCCCUCAAUCCAGGUGGCACCACUGUGUUCCUCGAGGAGGAUCCUGAGUGGAUCCAGGCCGUCCUGAAGGAUGCACCGUCCCUAAGGGCCCACCAUGUUCAGUAUCGGACCCAAAUUUCUCAAGCCGACAAUCUUCUCUCGACAUACCGGUCCGAACCCAAAUGUUUACCAGCCAAUGCUUUCCCGAUCCGCUACAACGAAAAGUGUCCAUUGGCGUUAACUUCACUUCCUGACGAGUUCUAUGAUACCGACUGGGAUCUGAUCAUGGUGGACGCACCAAAAGGGUACUUCCCAGCCGCACCAGGGAGGAUGGCAGCGAUAUUUUCCUCGGCUGUCAUGGCACGCAACCGGAAGGGUGCGGGCACCACGCACGUUUUCCUUCAUGACGUUGACCGCAUAGUUGAGAAGACGUACGCCAACGAGUUCCUAUGCGAGAACUACAAAGUCAAUUCAGCUGGUAGGCUCUGGCACUUUGAGAUACCAAACACUGCUAACAUGAGCGACCAGCCAGGGGACCGUUUUUGCUAGGUUGCACCGAUCUUUGAUUCUUCGUUACUUUUAAAAUUAAAC